AUGCUUCUCCUCUCCGUCCUCCUUAUGCAUACGAAUAUCGAUGGGGGUGAGGGAUUUGAGGCAGACCUUUUACAGGACCACCUGAGCUCGAUCCAACGGUUCCCUGAAUCGUCUCAAAGGUCGUCCCUCGUCUCUCUAGCUCGUCCUGGGACCCGACAAGAAAUUCGAUGCACCGAUCAACCACCUUCACCAAAGGUUGCGUACCGGAGGAUCAACGAGGUCUUUUCCUCACCGACUCCUGAAAGCGAGACGGAGCUCGAGGACACUACUACCCCACCUUACGAACUUCCUAGUCCCGUCAUCCAGAGUGCAUCGGUACGCAGCCCACGCUCUUCUUCAAGCGGUCCUUCCCAAGCGGACGAACCAGGGUCCCCGACAGAACGCACACCUCCCAGCCCAGUAAGCCCUUCCUCUCAGGACAAGCCCAGCUCGGCAUGCUUCACCAAAGUGGUGAUGACGAAGUACAGCAAUCCCCCUGGGUAUCGUGCGAAGAAGGUCAAGUUCCACCAGUGUACAGUCUGCGGCAAGGCUUUUCCUCGUCCAAGCGGCCUCCGUACCCACAUGAACACGCAUACCAAGGCUAAGCCCUAUCCCUGCACUUGGGAAGGAUGCGACAAAACCUUCUCCGUAAUCUCCAACGCUAAGCGACACUACCGCACCCAUCUCUCCGGGGGAGCACCCAUCGACGACCAACUAACCGGCCCCUACGUCGUCGACUUUAGCGAACCAGUCGUCCUAGACGCCUCGCCUCCCGCCAGCCUGAGCACUGGCACCAACGGAAUACCCAGCAGCAGCAGCGACUCUCACGGCGAACAAGGCUCGCGUCGAACGCCGGAGACGCCAGUCUGCCUCAAAUGGCUACCUCCCGGCUCGGAUACCCGUCGUUCAUUGACCAAGUCUCCGGUAGUACCCUUCUCAUUCUACUCGCCCUCGUGA